CAUUUGUGGUUUGUGGCUGUCGUCACUAUAUUUCGAACUUGCGCGAAUGUCUUAAAAAAGUUAGAGCUUAAAAUGGAUUUCCACGAUUGCACCUUUGAUAUAAAGUUCUUUGGUUUUACUGCUGAGCAGAUGACAACUAUGCGCGAGCGUGAGGUGAAGAAUAUGAUUGGCCAGGCUGUCGAAAACAUCAUUAAAAAGAUAGAAACGCCGGCCACUUCGAAACUGCUGGGCGCCCAAAAGGACGAAGUGAUACGUCGCAUAAAGAAUUCCACCAUGAAAAACAUGAAACCCGUUCGGGAGCUGGACAAAAAAUUCCUUCGCGUUCCGCCGCAUGUCCUGCUAGGGCAGGACUUUCACUUGGAGCAACAAUACACUCCUCUAGAUGAGGAGAAAAAGAACGCACAGCUGAAGGAGCUAGAGCUGCGGUUUCGUGAGAAAUUAGUCACGCUGGCCAAAAAAGAAGCGGAGGCCAAUCAAUAUGAAUCGGUGGCCAAUAUUUUGCAGCAGGAGACGAUUGAGCACAAGAAGAUCUAUGAAGGUGUUCCUUCUAUAAAUGGCUACAAGCUGACUUAAUUUGCAACUCGAGUGACCACCAUUCCGAAGUGACCUUGAUAUUUGAUGUCCCAUAUCCUUGUAAUAUAACAUACACCCUAGAUUGAACUU